GGCCGGGGACGGAAGUUGCACCACAAGUCCCAUUAGUUUCAGUUUUGUUUCUGUUUCAGGCACCCAGAACCAGCGCGGUGCGGGCCUGGGUCCCUGCCAUUCCGGGAGCCUAAGGGAGGAAGAGGAGGAGGAAAGGGAAGAGGAGGAGGAAAGGGAAGAGGAAGAGGGAGGCUCCCUAAGCUCCAGAAGAACUGGACAGGCCCAGGAAGCCAGAAGGAAAUUCCUGACCAAUCAGCAUGUUUUCCCAGGGCUCCUCCCCGUCCCUGCUGGAGGCCCUGAGCAGCGACUUCCUGGCCUGCAAAAUCUGCCUGGAGCAGCUGCACACACCCAAGACGCUGCCCUGCCUGCACACCUACUGCCAGGACUGCCUGGCCCAGCUGGCCGAGAGCGGCCACAUCCGCUGUCCCGAGUGCCGGGAGACAGUGCCCGUGCCGCCCGCGGGGGUGGCCGCCUUCAAGACCAACUUCUUCGUCAAUGGGCUCCUGGACUUGGUGAAGGCCCGGGCCUGCGGAGACCUGCGUGCAGGGAAGCCGGCCUGUGCCCUGUGUCCCCUGGUAGGGGGCACCAGUGCCGGGGGGCCGGCCACAGCCCGUUGCCUGGACUGUGCCGAUGACUUGUGUCAGGCCUGUGCCGACGGGCACCGCUGCACCCGCCAGACCCACAGCCACCGCGUAGUGGACCUGGUGGGCUACAGGGCAGGGUGGUACGACGAGGAGGCCCGGGAGCGCCAAGCAGCCCAGUGUCCCCAGCACCCAGGGGAGGCUCUGCGCUUCCUGUGCCAGCCCUGCUCCCAGCUGCUGUGCCGCGAGUGCCGCCUGGACCCCCACCUGGACCACCCCUGCCUGCCCCUGGCUGAGGCAGUGCGGGCGCGGAGGCCAGGCCUCGAGGAGCUGCUGGCCGGCGUGGACAGCAACCUGGUGGAGCUGGAGGCCACCCGGGUGGCCGAAAAGGAGGCGCUGGCCCGGCUGCGGGAGCAGGCUGCCCGGGUGGGGACCCAGGUGGAGGAGGCAGCCGAGGGCGUCCUCAGGGCCCUCCUGGCCCAGAAGCAGGAGGUGCUGGGGCAGCUUCGGGCCCACGUGGAGGCUGCUGAAGAGGCUGCCCGGGAGAGGCUGGCCAAGCUAGAAGGCCGGGAGCAGGUGGCCAGGGUGGCAGCUGCCUUUGCGCGGCGGGUGCUCAGCCUGGGGCGGGAGGCUGAGAUCCUUUCCCUGGAGGGCGCCAUUGCCCAGAGGCUGCGGCAGCUGCAGAGCAGCCCCUGGACACCUGGGCCCGUCCCCUGCCUGCUGCCCCAGCUGGAGCUCCACCCUGGACUGCUGGACAAGAACUGCCACCUGCUCCAGCUCUCCUUUGAGGAGGAGCAGCCCCAGAAGGAGAAGGGGAGAGGAGGAGGAGGAGGAGCCCAGGGCGAGGAGGAGUCCCAGAGGCAGAGAGAGGAGGGAGCCAAGGCAGAGAGGCAGAGCGGAGGCCAGUCCCAGGUUAAGGACGGAGCCCCGACCCCAAAAGAGGACAAAGCCAAGACACCCCGAGAAGGUGGAUCCCAAGCCCCCAAAGGAGACAGCACCCAGCCAGCCCAAGAAGAUGGAGGCGUCCAGGUGGAGAGGGGUUGCAGAUCCAACAAGAAGAGAAAGUUCAAAGGCAGGGGCAAGUCCAUGUCCCGUGAGCCCAGCCCCGCCCUGGGGCCAAACCUGGAGGGCUCGGGCCUCCUGCCCAGGCCCAUCUUCUCCUGCAGCUUCCCCACGCGCAUGCCUGGAGACAAGCGCUCUCCCCGCAUCACUGGGCUCUGUCCUUUUGGCCCCCGAGAAAUCCUGGUGGCAGAUGAGCAGAACAGGGCUCUGAAGCGCUUCUCCCUCAACGGCGACUAUAAGGGCACCGUGCCCGUCCCCGAGGGCUGCUCCCCAUGCAGCGUGGCUGCUCUGCAGAGCACAGUGGCCUUCUCGGCCGGCGCGCGGCUCUAUCUCAUCAGCCCUGACGGCGAGGUGCAAUGGCGCCGGGCCCUGAGCCUCUCCCAGGCCAGCCAUGCCGUGGCUGCACUGCCCAGUGGGGACCGGGUGGCCGUCAGUGUGGCAGGCCACGUGGAGGUGUACAACAUGGAAGGCAGCCUGGCCACCCGGUUCAUCCCCGGGGGCAAGGCCAACCGGGGUCAGCGGGCGCUGGUCUUCCUGACCACCAGUCCUCAGGGCAAUUUCGUGGGGUCAGAUUGGCAGCAGAAUAGCGUGGUAGUCUGCGACGGGCUGGGCCAGGUGCUUGGGGAAUAUAGGGGGCCGGGUUUGCAUGGCUGCCAGCCAGGGUCCCUGUCCGUCGACAAGAAGGGCUACAUCUUUCUGACCCUUCGAGAGGUCAACAAGGUGGUGAUCCUGGAUCCGAAAGGGUCGCUUCUUGGCGACUUCCUGACAGCCUACCACGGCCUGGAAAAGCCCCGGGUGACCACCAUGGUGGACGGCAGGUACCUGGUUGUGUCCCUCAGUAAUGGGACCAUCCACGUCUUCCGGGUUCGUUCUCCCGACAAUUAAAGGGGCUCUG